UUCACUCUCCCUCUUCCACCUCCUUCCUUCCCUCCUCCCCUCUUCCUUCUCAGAUACCCCUAGCGCUGACUCAAACACACAGCAUUGCAGUGCUCGCCCAGCUGCCCAUCCCUCUCCCUGCUCCACUCGUUCAGCACCAUGGCCAGCACCGUGUCAGCCUACAAGGAGAAAAUGAAGGAGCUCUCCAUGUUGUCCCUUAUCUGCUCUUGCUUCUACUCUCAGCCACACCCCAACCUCAUCUAUCAGUAUGAAGACAUGGAAGUAAAGCCGCUAAACAAGAGGGCAUCUGGGCAAAGUUUUGAGGUGAUCCUGAAGUCGCCAUCAGACUUAUCACCUGAGAGUCCCCCUCUUGUUGUCUCACCCAGGAAGAGGGAUAUUUCUCUGGAAGAACUGCAGAAACGGCUUGAAGCUGCAGAGGAGAGGAGGAAGUCUCAAGAGGCGCAGGUGCUGAAACAGCUGGCCGAGAAGAGGGAGCAUGAGAGAGAUGUUCUGCACAAGGCUAUAGAAGAUAACAACAACUUUAGCAAGAUGGCAGAGGAAAAACUGAAUUAUAAAAUGGAACUGAGCAAGGAGAUAAGAGAUGCCCAUUUGGCAGCCCUGAGGGAACGCCUCCGUGAGAAGGAACUGCACGCUGCAGAAGUGCGCAGGAACAAGGAGCAAUUAGAGGAGAUGUCUGGAUAAAAAAAGAAACCAUCUUGAUCUUCCAAACAAAGUCCAGCAAGCAGCAAAGAAAACAAUUCCCUUUAUUUAGAUGCUAGAUUUGUCAUCAUUCACUCCAUCACACAACUCUUGGCCCAUCUUUGUCUAUUACCCAUGCUCCUUCCCUCUCACCCACAUGACAUAACCCAUCAAAGGGGGUAAAAUCCAUAGAAACCUAGGAAAAUAAUCGCACGCAUCCAGUAUCUUACAGAAAAAUAUGUUCCCUGCAUAUCUUGUUUUGCAACCAUAUAAAUUACAGUGGUUCUGCCAGUUGGAUUUAUUGUCUCACAUGGAUAAAUGAAAGAAUUAUUGUACUGAGGAAGUGAUGAUGGUGGGCAUAGGCGUAUGUAACCUUAAACAAUCAUGGCGCCAUUUUGAUCUAUGACUUAGGUUUGUUAUGUAGUUAAACAGCAAUUUAUGUAACAGCCUGCUAGCUUGUGCUGUAUUCUAAAAUUACAUUGAAAGAUUUUGAAGGCAGAAAGAUACACGUUUCGCUAAUCUGCUCAUUAUUCUUUCUUUAAAAAAAAAAUGAAAAAAUUCAGGCCUAAUUAGUCCUCAGGGUAACUUAAAAAGGGACAUUGUACUCAAAAGGUUUCUCUGUUCAAUCUAAAAGAAAAUCGAUUGCAAAAUGUAUUCCAGUGCUUUGUUUUUUUUUUGUUUUUUUUUAUGUGUGUUUCUGUGCUGAAUAAACUAUUUUUUUCCUUUA